AUGACUGAUGGACCCGCACGUGUUUUGGGCAUAUACGGUGGCACUUGCUUUCUCGUAUAUAUCGAGACGAGUGGCUUUACGAAGACAUCGUCGUCAAUAAUGUUUGGUCUACCGCUAGCAGCGCUUUCAUUCUUGUCAAUGACAUCGCCAAUGCAGCCAAAACCAAGAUUUACCACUGCUGCAGCAUUUGCUGUUCUCGGUACUUACGAGAUUGGGGUCUCUUGGAAAAAGAACGCCUGCACAAAUUAG